AGAACGAAGGCCGACAGAACACCAACAAGCGCAUGCGCGAAAGGAGAGAACCUAAGUUCGCUUCCGGUUCACUGCUUCUCCGACCGCAUGAUGGCUGUCCGUAGUGGAAACGUGUCUCAGAAUACUGAAGAAGACUGUCAACUUGAAGACGACCACCAACAGAGCGACUCCGAAGGAGGAAGUAUUAAUGAAGUCUCCGAUGCAGGAGAGAGCGCAGACAACGACGAUGGCGACGAAGCGGACAGAGAAAACGGCGAGGACAACGACUCUGACGCCGUCGGCGGAUGGGCAGAUGCCAUGGCAAAGAUCCUGGGGAAGAAAACUGCGCAGAGCAAGAGCGGCAUCCUGGUUAAGAGCAAAAAGGAAACGGUGACAAAGGAGCAGCUGGAGAAAAAGAAACAGAUCGACAAGAAGCGAAUGUGGGAAAUGAUGUGUCGAGAAAAGCCCGACAUCGUGCGGGACCGUGACACCGAGAAGGCGCUGCAGAGGACCGCCACCAGGGGGGUGGUGCAGCUCUUCAACGCCGUGAGGAAACACCAGAAAAACGUGGGCGAAGCGCUGAAAGAGGUCGGCGGCUCCGAGAGGAAGAAGGCUAAGAUCAUGUCCUCCAUCUCCAAGAAAGACUUCAUCGGUGUGCUCAGGAGGACGGAGGAAGGGGACGGAGCCCCGGUCAAGACUGAGAACGACCUCCCCCCUGAGCAGAAGCCGGCGUGGAGUGUCCUGAGAGAGGACUUCAUGAUGGAAGCCAGCAUGAAGGACUGGGACAAGAAAAGUGACACAGAGGAGGCAGAACCCCGCAAAGGAGGGACGAAGGGUGCGAGUGGCUUGGACUGAACCAAAUAAAGGGGGACACUGGACCGUAGAGACGAGUUUUAACACCUGAAUCUGCUCCCAUAAUCUGGAUGUUUUUUGUUUUUGUUACAAGUCUUGUUCCAUCGCUGUCAUCUUAUGCAGCCUAAAAGAAAUACAAAUACACUCAGAAAUCAUCCCUGUCAAGAUACUCCACUGUAAAAAUAAAUGUGUAACAUCAGAUUAUUGCUAUGUUGUGAUGUUCUACAUGAUGAUGCUGCUGAAAAAAACAUUUUUGUCAGAUGAAAGAAUUGCAACUUUAUAUUUUCAGAGUCUAUUUUCUUUUUUUUAUAUGAAUAAACAAGUCACGCUUGAUUUAAAAAUA